GGGGCCAGGCGCGGGUCCUUAGUUAAGGGAGGCCGGGCGGCUGCCCCGGCGCCCACUGCGGAGCGCGGAGGCCGGAGGAUGGUCACGUUGGGGGUCGCGCUCCACAGCCUCGCUCAGCUCUUGCUUCUUGGUUCUGCGCUCGGCUUCCGGAAUGCCUCCCAGAGGAUGUUUGAGAUCGACUACAACAGGGACUGCUUCCUCAAGGAUGGCCAGCCAUUCCGCUACAUCUCAGGAAGCAUUCACUACUCCCGGGUGCCCCGCUUCUACUGGGCAGACCGGCUGCUGAAGAUGAAGAUGGCCGGGCUGAACGCCAUCCAGACGUAUGUGCCCUGGAACUUCCAUGAGCCCCAACCAGGACACUAUGAGUUUUCUGAGGACCGUGAUGUGGAGUAUUUCCUGCUGCUUGCUCAUAAGCUGGGACUGCUGGUCAUCCUGAGGCCUGGACCCUACAUCUGUGCCGAGUGGGACAUGGGGGGAUUACCUGCUUGGUUAUUAGAGAAACAAUCUAUUGUUCUUCGCUCUUCUGACCCAGAUUACCUUGCCGCUGUGGAUAAGUGGCUGGGAAUCCUUCUGCCCAAGAUGAAGCCUCUUCUCUAUGAAAAUGGAGGGCCAAUUAUAACCGUGCAGGUUGAAAAUGAGUAUGGCUCCUACUAUACCUGUGAUUAUGACUACCUGCGUUUCCUGCAGAAGCGCUUCCGUUACCAUCUGGGGGAGAGUGUGCUUCUGUUCACCACUGAUGGGGCGAAACAAGAAUUUCUGCAGUGUGGGACCCUGCAGGGCCUCUAUGCUACAGUGGACUUUGGAGUAGACAGCAACAUCACAGGAGCUUUCCUAGUCCAGAGGAAAGCUGAGCCCACAGGACCCUUGAUCAACUCUGAAUUCUAUACUGGCUGGUUAGACCACUGGGGAAAACGUCACAGUACAGUCAAGACUGAGGCUGUGGUUUCCUCUCUCUCUGAUAUACUCGCCCGCGGGGCAAACGUGAACAUGUACAUGUUUAUAGGUGGGACCAACUUUGCCUAUUGGAAUGGGGCCAACACACCCUAUGCAGCACAGCCCACCAGCUACGACUAUGAUGCCCCCCUGAGCGAGGCAGGGGACCUCACUGAGAAGUACUUUGCCAUACGAAGGGUUAUACAGAAGUUUGAAAAAGUACCAGAGGGUAUUAUCCCUCCAUCUACACCAAAGUUCGCAUAUGGAAAAGUUGCUCUGAGAAAGUUAAAGACAAUGGCAGGAGCUCUGGACAUCCUGUGUCCCAGAGGAUCCACAAAAAGCCUUUAUCCCUUGACAUUUAUCCAGGUGAAACAGUAUUUUGGGUUUGUGCUGUACCGAACAACACUUCUUGAAGAUUACAGCAACUCAACACUCCUCUCUUCUCUACCCUUCAAUGGAGUCCACGAUCUGGCCUAUGUCUCCGUAGAUGGGGUCCCCCAAGGAGUCCUUGAGCGAAACCAUGUGUUGUCUCUAAAAAUACGAGGGAAAGCUGGAGCCAGUCUGGACCUUCUGGUGGAGAACAUGGGGCGUGUGAACUAUGGCAGUUAUAUCAAUGAUUCCAAGGGCUUGGUUUUUAACAUGACCCUUGGCUCUCAUAUCCUCACCAACUGGACAAUCUUCCCGCUGGACACAGAGGAGGCCGUGCGCAGCCACUUGGGGAGCUGGGGUGGCCGUGAUGCCGACCACCGCGCUGAGCACUGCACUCUCAGCUCAUCUAACCACACACUUCCUGCCUUCUAUGUGGGCAACUUCUCCAUCCCCAGUGGGAUCCCAGACCUGCCCCAGGACACCUUCAUCCAGUUUCCUGGGUGGACCAAGUGAUGGACCAGUGUUCUGGAAGGAGGCAGUCGUGGCCGAACCUGCCGGGCACAGUGCUGUCUGGUGUCAGGCUCCAUCCCUGCCUGAGAAAAGAUUAUAGUUCAUAGGACAUCAGACACGGAAUGGGCCAGUCCCCAGCCAGCUGGCUCAAUGGCCUUAGGUUACAAGGUCAGACAGGAAGGCCGCCGGGGCAAGGCUCUGUGCCUUCCCGUUCUGUCUCCCAGCCACAGUUGGGUGUGAGGUGGAGCUUCGUAUUCACCAUCAUGAAUUCAGUCUUCCACACUUGUGGGAGGAGCUGGGAACGUGGGAGCAGAAACAGCCCCUGCUCCCCUGAAGCCCUGACACGGGUGGCCAAGGGCAACCUGAGAAGUGCAUGGAGACACCACAGUAGCAGUCGGGGACAGACAGAGAGUCUCUGGGAACCAUGCCCUCUGGCUGUGGGCCAGCAGGGCCAGCAUUCAGGAAGACAAGCUGGCUAUGGACCAAGAGCAGGAUGCACCGGGACUCAGCAGGGACCACCGGCCCAGUGUGCCCUUGUGUGUGACCGUGAUGAUCUCUCAAGAGCAGUGGUGCUGAUUCUGCGAGACCUCCCAAGUCCCAAAUCGAGUCCUUUCUCAGCA